GGUGCACACAGGUGGGCGACUCCGCCCUGCUCGCCCGAGCCCGUUGUGCUGGGUCCCGGACGCAGCCGCGCCCAGAGGUGCCGGUCCUCCCCGUCCCCGCCUCGGUCCGAGGGCAGGUAACUUCUCAGCCAAGGUCAUUCUCCAGGCCCGCCCACGCCCUCGGAGCGGCUGGCUCGGACCGGGCUGGACGGAGACCUCGGGGUUGCCGGGGACUCCUGGCAGCCCGGAGUGGGUGGAUGGUUGCAGCGCCGCGGCGUCGCUGCUUGCACCUACCAGGGUGACAGGUGCAAACACUGAAGGGCAAUAUGAAGCCAGUAAAGAAAAAGAAAACCGAAGAACCUGAGCUGGAGCCCCUGUGCUGCUGUGAGUAUAUAGAUCGAAAUGGGGAAAAGAACCACGUGGCUGCUUGUUUGUGUGAUUGUCAAGACCUCGAUGAAGGCUGUGACAGAUGGCUUUCCUGUAAAUCAGUGCGACCAGAGACUUGCGAAAGAAUCACAGAUACAAUUUCUGAUCGCCUCCGAAUUCCUUGGCUUAGAGGAGCCAGAAAAGUCAAUAUUAGCAUCGUCCCUCCCCUCGUGCUUCUGCCAGUCUUCCUCCACGUGGCUUCCUGGCAUUUCCUGCUGGGGGCGGUGGUUCUGAUCUCCCUCCCCGUGCUGGCACUCUGGUACUACUACCUCACUCACAGAAGGAAAGAACAGACACUGUUUUUCCUGAGCCUUGGACUGUUCUCACUGGGUUACAUGUACUACGUGUUCCUGAGGGAAGUAGUCCCCAAAGGGCGUGUAGGGCCCACUCAGCUGGCUCUCCUUACCUUUGGGUUAUUCCUGAUACUCUUAGCUUUGUACCGAGCCAAGAAGGAUCCAGGCUACCUCAGCAAUCCAGUAGGCAAUGACAAAACCCCAAGCAACAGCCAAAUUGAAUGCCCCAUCAAAAAAGGGCAGGAAAAGACCAAAGGGUUCCCUGGAACAGAUACCUCGGGGAGCCUCAACAACCGCACGCUGAAGGAUGAUAUUAAGGGCUCCUCCAGGGUGGGACUUGACAGCCCUGUCAAGGUGAAAGAGGACUGGUGUGCCAAGUGUCAGCUAGUACGACCCGCCCGGGCAUGGCAUUGCCGGAUAUGCGGUAUCUGUGUAAGGAGAAUGGAUCACCAUUGUGUCUGGAUAAAUAGCUGCGUUGGAGAAUCAAAUCAUCAAGCAUUUAUACUUGCCCUUUUGAUCUUCUUGCUCACUUCGGUGUAUGGGAUAUCGCUGACCUUGAACACCAUUUGUAGGGAUAGAAGCCUCUUCACAGCCCUCUUCUACUGUCCUGGAGUUUACGCAAAUUACAGCUCGGCCCUGUCCUUCACCUGUGUGUGGUACUCCGUGAUCAUCACAGCGGGCAUGGCCUACAUCUUUCUCAUCCAGCUGAUAAACAUCAGCUACAAUGUGACCGAGAGGGAAGUCCAGCAGGCCCUGCGGCAGAAGACGGGCCGCCGGCUCCUCUGUGGGCUCAUCGUGGAUACAGGCCAGUACAACAGGGGCUUCCUGCGCAACUGGUACCAGUUCUCCACCUUGGGGACACACACCGCCCACAUCCCCGCUGAGGACAUUGUCUGAAGUGCCUUUUGUGCUGCUCUGAGGGACACGCCUUUCUGUCCUUCCCAUUUCAUACUUCAAUGUCCAUGCAGGCAGGACUCAUCUUCAUCGCCCUCUUCUCAGAAGUGCUGUAGGGCCAUGCUCAGGUUUGAAGGAAGGACGGAAGAAAAGGGAAUUUUUCUGCUGACUUUGUAACUUAAGGGAUUUUAAUACUGAGGUUGCAAGUGUAGAGCCAUUCCUUUCCAAUCACCUUGCUGACUCUGUCACCAGAAGCUGCAAGGAGGCGGAUGAUGACUUCUGCACAGGCAGGAGGAGUCUCUGUCCAUUCAUGUGAGCAAGAGUGGUAGUUAAUAGGAUAGUUCCUAGUCCUCCCUUCAAUUCUUAAUAGCCAUAUGACCUGCGGUAGAGUCACUUUCCCAAGUCUCAGGUUCAUCUGUAUGGGGGCUUCUGCUGCCUGGCUACCUCACAGAGCAGCCAUGAGGGCCACCUAAGGAAGACUGUGGAAAGCACUCCAGUCCCACUCAAGCAUUCUUAGGAAAUCCCUAGGACUGAAGCAGACUUGUUGUAGAUCGGAAUGUUGAAGCCAAUAUUAAGACAAUCAGUUUGUACAAUUAUAGAACUUCUUUUUACAUGUUAGACCUUGUUCUCACAGAUCAGAGGUGACAAGAAGAUCAAUGCUGGUCAUCUCAUCUUGAGGACAGUUGAUGAAAGUGGUAAUUACUAUCCAUGUAGUGUGUAGUGGGCAGAAAUUUAAGUGACGACUAUUUAUCUGUUAAUGUAUCAUUUUAGAUUUAUUACAAUCCUAACAUUAAUGUUUGUUUUUCCUCCUUCCACAUUUCACCCGGUUAGGUGCUAGCACACUGGUGUGUGAUGGUGGCUGAAGGGGAGGAGACUGUCCUCUGAGAACAUUUUACCCUCCUUCCUGGUUAGGGAGGCUGAGUAAUAUCAAGGGCUUGAUUUUUUAUUCUUGUUCGUGCAUUUCUAGUGUUGUAGGCUUAUAGCACAAAAUGGGAACAUGCGUCUGGCAUGAACUCUCUCUGGGUGAUUGACACCUCCCCACAUCCACUUUGCUUCCCCUUCACCCUCCCCACUAAAAGCGUGUCUAGGAGAGAACAGGGUACGUGGCUUUCCAGUAAUGUACUCAUUACUGCUUUCUAGCUCUUCCCAAUGCUGAAUUGUUCCCUUGUGUCUCCGAACUGUGGCUUAGGAAAGAUUGUGCAGUUCUGCAGAAUGGGCUGUCUUUCUGGCCUGCCCUAGAGGUGGGAGAUUCACAGGAGGAAAACUCCAUCUUGAUGGUUUGGUUUUUACACUUGUACUGUUCUGGGAUCCCAAAGAUCAAAGAUAAUUUGUGAGACCUUAAAUUUGCCUUGGCCUUCUUACUUCAUAGAGGGGAAACAGUGUUGCGUUUUCCCCACCCCGCCCUUGUGCCUGCUUGUAAGCGUUGAGAAGAAAUACCACUGCCUUUGCAGUUAGUCCUGCCUGCCCUUUGCACCGAGGGCCACCCUCAGACUUGCCACUAGCCAGGACUCUCUUGAAGAUAGGUGACACAUUUUCAUGCAGGUUUGUCAUUGCUUUCCCCAGAGAUGUAUUAUUUAACAAACACUAGACUCCAUAUUCUACUGGGGUUAGCCAGGGAGAGCCUGGGGGUGUUUGCAGUUUAUACAGCCAUGCCUGGCCCUGGCCUAGAGUCAAACAUUCAUUUAGAAUGAAAGGUAGCCUGGAUACAACUAAUUUCUGUGUGGGUUUGAGGUAAGGAAGAUGGUAGUAAUGUCAGACAGUAUAUGUGGGCAGAAAUUGGUAGUUUUCAUGUCUCUUGAAUGCCAGGUAUGUAGCCAACUCUGAACAUCUAGCUGCUUCUAAGGUUUAUAGAAACUGCGUAGCAGUACUUGUAGUCUCCCUCAUCAGCAUCAGCAGCUCAUCUGUGAUGUGAUGAUGAGUGACACACUGAGACAAUUAGGAAUGACCACUGCCAUUCUCAGAGUUUGCCAUUCAAGAUUCAGUUCCCCUCAAGUGGAUGGAGGGACUCCUUGUCGCUCUGGCUCACUGGAAUGAAGAAGCUUAAGUUUCUUCUUUUUAGAUUGUGUGUGUGUGUGAGCAGCAUGUGCUCUUAACUGCUGACUCAUAUCUCUAGCCCUGAGGCUUAAGUUUGGAGAACCGAUUGCUGACUUGCAGGGGAGAGGCAAACUUGUAAGAAGAUCCUUGUUUUGUGGAUCUUUCAGCCUUCUCCUUCACCCUCCCCACUAAAAGCGUGUCUAGGAGAGAACAGGGUACGUGGCUUUCCAGUAAUGCACUCAUUACUGCUUUCUAGCUCUUCCCAAUGCUGAAUUGUUCCCUUGUGUCUCCGAACUGUGGCUUAGGAAAGAUUGUGCAGUUCUGCAGAAUGGGCUGUUUUUCUGGCCUGCCCUAAAGGUGGGAAAACUCACUCUUGAUGGGUUUGGUUUUUACACUUGUACUGUUCUGGGAUCCCAAAGAUCAAAGAUAAUUUGUGAGACCUUAAAUUUGCCUUGGCCUUCUUGCUUCAUAAAGGGGAAAUGGGAAAUACGCAUUCGUCUUUGAAGGGCAUGUUUCCAGGAGAUAGUAAACCAGGGGACGUCCACAAGCAGCCUCCGCUAGGACCCAGGAUAUCUUUGGCAAGUAUUCCUAAACUUUUGGGCUUUUCUUAAGAUCUCCAGUUGUUUGUGGGAUUUGUUGUAGGCCUUGAUAUUCUCCAGGUGGUAAAAGAUUUAACUGGAGUCUUUGAAAGGUCAAGGCCUUGCCAGUGGUGGUGUUGGCCCAUGCCUUUAAUCCCAGCACUGGGGAGGCAGAGGCAGGUGGAUCUCUGAAUUCAAGGCCAGCCUGGGCUUCAGAGUGCCUAGGACAGCUAGAGCUACAUAGAGAAGGCUUGUCUUACAAAAAACCAGAAAACCAACCAACCACCAACAAAAAUGAACCAGGUCUUUGUGAAAGGGCUGUCCCAAAUAUCCAAUGUGAAUAAGCCACCAGGCCCUUGACUAUGGGAGCAAGUGCUCCCCAGAACUGUGACUUCAGAUAAGCAGGUUGUUUCUCUUGGCCUAUAUCAUAAAGACCCAUUCUGUCCUGAUUCCUUACGUUACUUCUGCACCGUUGUGUACAUUCCCAGCAAAGGACAGUGCCUUCCUGAAAGAGUCAAGGGAAAAGCACAAAGGAUCAAGACUGAAGGAAGGGAGAAAUUCCUUCACUAGUAGAAAUGUGUCUUAGGAACUUGCAAGAUGCUGUGUGGUCAUCUUCACUGCCUUACUGGCAGGACACCACCUCAUUGGCAGGCUACUCUGAACGCUGCUAAAAUAAAGCCUUCAAUGUGUUUUGGAGACAGUGCUGUCUGUUUCUUCAGCCACAGUUGUCCAGGAUAUUGCAAACCUCUGCUCUGCUUUCCUUUGGUGAAUGCAUGAAUUGUCGUCUACUGUACUGUCUGCCUAGAAGGAAGAUUGCUGUAAACUUUCUCUUAUGCAAUAGUCUAAUAUUUUUAGCAAGAGAAAACUUUGUAUUCUAGAACCUUUGACUGUCAGGAAACACAAUGCCAGUAAGAGCUUCUGUGAUACUGAUAGCUGCCCAACAGACUUACUUCCUUUGGUAGGACAUCAGCUUUUUAUAUAAAGCUCAGUAGACAGAAGCAAAAGCUUGUAGACACAACAGCUUUACCCCUGAAGUUGAAGAAGUAAUGCUCUGUGCACUCACUCAUCUCUUUAAACUAGCUAAGUAGGUUUCUAUGAUUUCCCUUCCUGUUAGCCAUAUUUUGGUACCCUGCCUUUCAAAAAGGAGACUUUUUUCCAAACAAGUAGUAGAUGUGAAUUACACAAAGGAGGCACCUGCUUGGAACCUGGUUUGCUUGGCAGCAGUUUGGCAGGUGAACCGUUUCCUAUUAAACAUGCAGAGGUUGUGGGGGCAAGAAUGAAAACCAUGUUAACUGAAUCUAAGAGCAAAUGAAGCAAUGUUGUUGGCUGCUGAGAUUCAUGUACCUGUUCUGAAGAAGCAGCUGAACUGAGUCCGGAUGCUGGUGGUCAGUCACCUACACUUGAGCUGGCUCUAAGCAGUUCACUUUAGGGCUGCGGGCUCAACGUUGAGCACAGCAUGCUGUUUGCUCCAUGUUGGGCUUGUGAUUUUACAUUACUGGAGCCUUCCUGGGGCACUUUUCACCUUUAGAAAUUAGUAUUUAAAAGGCAAAGCUUUAAAACCAGAGAUAGUCUGUACUAAUGAUACAAGUAAAAUUUUGAUAUUUUUGUUUUCAGGCAAAGCCAUUGACAGAUGCCAUGUAAGAGCAGCAAGCUCUAGUCGUGGUGCCAGGGUCUGGGUGAUUUGAUGAUGCUAGGUUUUUGGGGCCAUACCAUUUGAUCUAGUUUGGGAGUCUGAUGUUAGACUAAGUGAAACCCAGGAAUGAAUUUAUAUAUUCAGUAUUUAAUAUGGAUGGCCCAACAACAGGAAGUGGGAUUCCUCAAGCCAAGCUCGAUGAGGGCUGGGUAUUUUGCACUUUUUGUACCUGUAUCCACAUGCUAUGACCUCAGACUCAGAUGCAAGGCCUUUUAAGUGGAGAUUUUACCAACUACUGCCAUUUGUGCAAAGUAAUGUCCUGUGACAAGUUAUCUAAAAGGAAAAUAAAGUGCUUUCUUUACAGAAA